CAGGAGGCAGGAGCAGACGAGCAUGGAGCUAUCACUGAUGGCAGCACAGCAAUUGCAAGCAGUCAGCUGGGCCUUCAUGGAUUCUCCAUACAAUGGCAACACGUCUCUCCAGACGUCCACCUCCAACCUCAACACCAGCUUCUCCAGACCAGCGGAGCAGGAAGAGGACGGCAAGGUCUCCAGUGACGCCAUCUGGCUGUGGGUGGCUGUCAUUGCAACCAUUGGCAACAUUGUGGUGGUCGCGGUGGUGUGCGCCUGUGCCUUUUAGAUCCUAACACAGCCUGAUCCCUCAGCCGUCUGCACUUAGCACAGUAUGUAGUAUUCAACCAACAACCUUCUGUCUCCUUCCUCCAAAAUCAUCCACUCUGAGUGCGUUUAAAGGCAGUCUAUCGAUUUCUAUUUUAUUCCCACUCAUUAUAUAGAUCUGAUUUGUGUCUAAACCAAAUAACGGGUCGGUUUAUUCCUCAGAAGGGGUUGGUUACAGUUUGCUUGUGUAUGUAAUCCAGCAUUACACAACAUCUGUCAACUGUUGAUCCACCAAAUCCAUGGGACACGUGUCUCCGGAUAGGACUCAUCUAAGUGUGCACGGUUGUGCGUGUCAGUUCUCGCUGAAUCAGACAGAUGGGACCAUGAGUUAACUUUGCUUCUGGUCAUUCUGCACUCUUCUCUCCGCUUCUGCCUCUUCUGGUGGAGACAACACUGUUUCGGUCUAUUUUGGGACAAUACAGGACCAGUAAAUGAGCCAUAACGACAUAUAUUAUCUGCAAGUGUGAAAUGUGUUGGUGCAUUCAAGUCAAGUCAGAAAUACUGCAUUUGAUUAGAAUUUUGUAGAACACUCUGUUCUAUUUUUUUAUCUAGGCUACUUGUUUUCUUUUAUUUUAUUAAAAAAACUUGA